UGCCACGUCAGACACAGUGCCAGGUCAGCAGUGCCACGUCAGCAACAUGACGGGCCUGCCAGGCCAACUGGCCAAUGAGCCCAUUGCCGACUACAAAAAGCGCUUCCAGGCUCAGCUCGCUUUCAUCGAGGCUGAGGAACAACGCCAGCUGGCAGCCAAGGCUGCCCAGCUACAGGCUGAAGAAGCGGCAGCAGCAGAGAAGCUCCGGCUACAGGCCGAAGCAGACGCAGAUGCCCAGGCUCGCCGCAAGGAAGCCCAGGAUCUGUUGCAGCGGCAUGAAGCCAACAGCAUCGACAGACUCGAGUUCUGGCACUUUGAACCGAACGGCGACGAGGCAACACCGGAAAAGCAGCAUAAGGAGUUCCUCUCCAAACACGUGACACGGUUGUUGUAUGCUUGCAACUACCAACGGUCCGAGUUGGAGAAACAGAACCAGGAACUGCAACAGCUGUUCCAGGAUCUGAAGCAACAGCACCAGGAGUUGGCGAACCUCCGCCAGAUGGUUCAGAGCCAUGAGGAUGCGACACGGGCACUCAAUGCCCGUGUACUGGAACUGGAACAGGCAGUACCAGGACCAGAUGCUGGUGCCUCCAGCAGUGCACCCUCUAGCCGCCAACUGGAGGAACGCGUUGACCACGUAGUGGCAAUGCUCGGCGACAUCAGCACCUUCGCUGCGCCGACCACCAUCAGCAGUCAGCUGGAUGCAUUGAAGACCGAGGUCCAGCAACUGCAGUCGACGAACACGGAUGGCAAUCCAAAGCAAUACAAGAUGCCAACUUUUCAACUUGACAGAUGCCAGAUCUGGUUGACUCACCUGGCAGCCACCCACGGCGUCGACGUCGCGGACCUGAAGGACAAGAUCGAAUGGGAAGAGUUGACACAGUUGUGGAAGAAGCGGUUCAUCGUCGACGACGCACCAACUCUAGCAAUCAACCGUCUCUUCACCAUGUCUCAGGGCAACACAGCAACACGAGACUGGCUCACGGAAUGGCAGAAGAUCGCGGCAGUGCCCGGUCUGGACUUACCAUUCACGCAUCUACCCCGUGAGUUCUACAACAGGUCAUGUGCUUCACUGAGCCUGGCACUUGGUGAUCGCGAGCAAUAUGCAUCUUUCGCCGAAAUCAUCGACAAGGCAAGAGAGAUCAUCAAGACCAACAGGGCGGCUGCACAUGAGAAGUCCACGUGGCAGCCAACCUAUGUGGAGAAGCUGGACCAACCGCUCCACGUGCAACACUCUACCGCAUGCACGGUUUCAUCACCAUCGGCAACCGAUUCCGCAGCUUCGCCGUCAUCUACCGCCGGGGAUUCAACGUCAUGGUCAAGUCUUGAAGAACUCGACCCGUUGACUUUUGAGGACUUCCAAUGGAUGCCCCUUCCCCGGUCCGGUCGAUUGCCGAAACCGCAUUGCAACGUGCUCAAGGCACAAUUGCGGGAUUACUUGCACACUGCAGUACCAACUCCGUUGAUGGACGUCGGAGUAGAGGUUGUCGACCUUCACGCCUACAUUGCGAAGAUCGACCGCGAGUUCAAGACGCAACGGUACGACGACAUCGACGCACCAUUGCUAUAUGUACGCAUUCAGAUCGGAGAGGCGACCUGCAGCGCUUUGAUCGAUUGCGGAGCAUCUCGCAACUACAUGAGUCAGGACUUCAUGGUACACGCCUGCCUUGGCCCACGAGUCCGAAGGAAGUCCCAGCCCACGCAAGUCACGUUGGCGGACGGUCACACGCACAAGUCAAUCGACCGGUGCAUUGAUGACGUCCCAGUGUACUUUGCCCCUCACGCAAGCCCGCACGGAGUAGUACUGCAUCGACCCAUCCGCCACGAGAUCAUCCUCGAGGACGGGGUCGUACCUCCGCGUGGUUGCAUCUACCGAAUGAGCGAGGAAGAAUUAAGGGUGCUUCGGGCACAACUCGACGACCUUCUGGAGAAAGGUUGGAUUCGGCCUAGCUCAUCCCCAUACGGUGCUCCUGUUCUCUUCGUCCGGAAGAAGAACAAGGAUUUGCGGUUGUGCAUCGAUUAUCGCAAGCUCAACGCGCAGACGAUCAGAAACGUCGGCCCUAUCCCACGCAUCGACGAUCUUCUCGAGCGACUAGGCGGCGCCAAGUUUUUCUCCAAGCUCGAUCUCAAGUCAGGAUAUCACCAACUCGAGAAUCGGCAGGAGGAUCGCUACAAGACCGCAUUUAAAACGCGAUAUGGGCAUUUCGAAUGGCUGGUUAUGCCAUUUGGCCUUACGAAUGCCCCGGCCACUUUCCAAGCGGCUAGGACAACGGAGUUCCGACACAUGCUGGAUCGAUACGUACUUAUCUACCUCGACGACAUCCUGGUGUAUAGCCGGAGUUUGGAGGAGCAUGUGGAACACCUGCGCACCGUUUUGGAGCGGCUACGACAAGCCAAGUACAAAGCCAACCGCGACAAGUGCGAAUUCGCGCAGCAGGAGCUGGAGUACUUGGGACACUAUGUGACGCCGCAAGGCAUCCGUCCACUUGCGGACAAUCGAGGCCCUACGAUCUUGGAACAGCACGACGGCGACGACUGGCACCCUGUGGAGUAUUUCAGCCACAAAGUGCCUCCUAUAAACUCGCUUGAUGAUGUAAGGAAGAAGGAGCUGCUCGGAUUCGUCAUGGCUCUCAAGCGAUGGCGGCACUUUCUCCUUGGGCGUCGUAGGUUCACAUGGGUUACAGACAACAAUCCAUUGACCUACUACAAGACGCAGGAUACGGUGAGCAGCACGAUCAGACGAUGGAUGUACUUCAUCGACCAGGUUGACUUCACACCGAAACAUCUUCCCGGCCUCUCAAAUCGCGCAGCAGAUGCACUCUCGCGAAGACCUGAUCUUUGCGCUAUGACACAUCAUGCCUUCGCAUUCGACGAGGAGCUUCAACGACACUUCACUCGGGCAUAUGAGUCUGAUCCGGACAUUGCCACGCUAUAUGCACAGCUAUCUUCGGAUCACCCGCCGACCAGCAACUAUCGGAUUGUCGACGGGUACAUGCUUCUCCACUCGAGAGGCAAGGACUUGUUGUGUGUCCCACGAGACCGUCGUCUUCGGACUCGCCUUCUCGGAGAGUUCCAUGACUCGCGACUCGCCGGCCAUUUCGGAGUCAACCGCACUAUUGCACGGCUUCGACAACGAUUCCGAUGGCCCGACCUCAUUACCGAUGUCACUCGGUAUUGCGACUCUUGCGAAGUUUGCCGACGCAGCAAACCCCGCAACCGCAAUCCCUAUGGCGAGCUACGCCCGAUGCCUAUCCCACGGGAACCCGGUCUCUCCAUUGCCGUGGACGUCACCGGUCCGUUCCCUCGCGACCGGCUCGGGCACGACGGCAUCCUCACGCUUGUGGACCGAUUGAGUAAGUACGCGCGUUUUCUUCCUUGCAAGUACUACUCCACGGCUCCCGAGCUGGCACGCCUCCUGCACACCGGUUGGAUUUGUGGCCACGGUGUACCAGAAGACACAGUCAGCGACCGCGACACUCGCUUCAUGUCGGCAUUUUGGACUGCUCUCAUGCAGGAGCCCGACACGAAGAUGAAACCAAGUUCGGCUCGGCAUCCACAGACGGACGGGCAAACGGAGCGGGCACAUCAAACCGCUCAAAUGAUGCUUCAUACGCUCAUCCGUCCGGACCAGAAAGAUUGGGUUGAUCGCCUCCCCGACAUCGAGUUCGCCUACAACACUUCGGUGCACCCGGUGAUCGGCGUGACUCCAUUCGAGUUGCACCACGGUGGACGGAAAGGUCGUAUCUUCGCCGACCUUCUCCUCCCUCGACCAGCCGACAUUGACGCCGCUUGCUCUCCCACUUCCGUCCGGAAGUAUAGGGAAUUGCUGACUCAAGCCCGCGCAAAUAUGCAAAAGGCUCAAGUCCGCAUGCAGCAGCAAGCCAACAGGCGUCGCGUGCCAUGUCCCAUCCGCGCCGAUGAUCUGGUUUGGGUCUCCGCGGAAGAGUUUGCACUGGAACAUGAUGUUUCACGCAAACUGCUUCCCAAGCGGUUUGGACCAUGGUCUGUGACAUCAGCCGCGGGCGAUGAGCCCGAUGACCCUUCAUUUGUGAUCAACAUUCCCGAGCAUCUGACGGUCCAUCCAGUCUUUCACGCGUCAAAACUGGCAACAUAUACACCAAUUAAAAGCGACGACUUCCCGGGCCGACGAUCGCAGGACCCUCCAUCUAUGGAUGGUCAUCAGGAGGUUGACCGCGUCAUCUCGGAUCGCAAGUACGGCAGCAAGCCGCGACAGUGCAAAGUUACAUUUAGAGCAUACAAUCCCGACGACACUCGGUGGAUUUCAGGAGCAGAUUUGAAAGCAUCCGCACCGCUGAUCUACGCUCACUACGAACGUCAAAGGUUAGCCAAGGGACCUCCACGACCUGCCCCUCCCACCCGGACUGUGGUCCCUCCCUCAGACAGACAACUUCGUCCUCGCAGGUACCCAGCCAUAUACCAACGAGGAGCACACAGAGAUCGACAAGCAGCUGGUGGAAAAGAACAGGAAAAGGAGGAGGAGGAGAAGAAGAAGGCGAAGGAAUUAAAAAAGAAAAUGGAAGAAGAAAAGAGGACGGAGAAGGAAAUGGAGGAGAAAGAGAUGAAGAAGCAAUUGGAGGAGGAAACAAAGAAGAUAGAGGAGGUACAAGAAGAAGGGGAUCUGUUGAGGAAAGGAAAAGGAAGAGUGGAAGGAGAAGAGAAGCCGGGUGAGGUGGAAAGUCACCCACGCAAGUCCAAUCAACUGCAAUGCCAUCUCCUGGACACUGAUGGAUGGAUGGACAAGUUCGAAUUUAGAGGAGAUGUGCAAGAGGAAGGGACUGAGGCCGAGCAGGCAGACUUUGCAGCAAAGAUGAUGGUUGCUGAUGACGAUGAUGAAGGUGCCUUGCUGACCAGAAGGAGGAACUGACAAAAGUUGUGAAAGAAAACAGCCACAGCAACAGCAAGGGAGAAUAAAACAUUAGAGCGAGU